ACUUGCGACCCAAAACGACGCAGUUUCAUCCUUAUUUCAGAACACACAAAUCACAAUUUUUGUUUGUUUGUUUUAGAAGAGGGAGAACCAAACACGCCCUUAUCGCCAAAACACACCACCCUUUUAUCCCCAAAGAGCUAAAAGAGCCUCUUCACACACUUCAACUAUUAUUCUGAUUUCUCAUAAUUAUCCAGCAAGAAUUCUCUUUCUUUUGGUACUCUCUCUCUCUCUCUCUCUUUCUCUCUCUAUUGACUAUCUUUUUCUUCUUUGUUACUUUUUUUCCCCCCUUAAUUUUUGUUUAAGAAAAUAGAGUAGGAUUCAUACCCAGUUGGUUCAUCCUAUGGGGUUUGCAGUUUGAGGUGCAAAAGGUGCAAGCUUUGGAGCGGUCAUAAACAUAGAAGAUGAGUACAUUGGAUGCAACUAGGGCGGAACUCGCUCUUCUAGUUUUGUACUUGAACAAGGCUGAAGCAAGGGACAAGAUAUGCAGAGCAAUACAAUAUGGUUCCAAGUUUUUGAGUAAUGGGGAACCUGGCACUGCCCAGAAUGUAGACAAACAAACCAGCUUGGCUAGGAAGGUUUUCCGUCUCUUCAAGUUUGUCAACGACCUGCACGGUCUGAUAAGUCCAACACCUCAGGGUACUCCCUUACCCCUAAUUCUGUUGGGAAAGUCGAAGAAUGCAUUACUCUCCACUUUCUUGUUUCUUGAUCAAUUUGUGUGGCUCGGUAGAUCCGGCAUCUACCAGAAUAAAGAACGAACUGAGCUAAUCGGCCGGAUAUCUCUUUACUGUUGGCUUGGCUCCUCGGCGUGUACCACCCUAGUUGAGCUUGGAGAGCUUGGACGACUCUCUGGAUCAAUGAAGAAGUUGGAGAAACAACUCAAGGGCAGUAAUAAAUAUGAAAAUGAGCAAUACCGCGCCAAAUUAAAGGCCUCGAAUGAGAGGACUCUAGCACUCAUCAAAGCAGGCAUGGAUAUUGUGGUGGCUGUUGGACUGCUACAAUUGGCACCCAAGAAAGUCACUCCUCGCGUUACCGGCGCAUUUGGAUUUGUUACAUCUCUAAUCUCUUGCUAUCAGCUGCUUCCGGCCGCCGCGGCAAAGUCAAAAUCAUCAUGAAUGUGGAAGAACAGACUAGAGGAGGGCUGUCAUCACCAUGCUUCGUGGUUGUUAAAUAAUAAUAAUAAUAUGUGAAAUUAUUAGAAAAUGAUGGUGGUUGGUGUGAGCAUGGACCAUCUUGUUGACCUGUUAAGGUCUUUAGAUAUGUCACCAUAAUUAUAGUGCCUAUAUUGUUAUCAUUAUCAAUUGUCACGGUUCUAUUUUGCUUAAUAAAUAGUAGAAAAAAAAAUCCCUGUUUGGAAUUC